UUGAAAUUUAGUUUUGUGUUAUUUUGUUUCAUAUUUAUCAACUUUUUACGAAAUAUAAAUAACACUUUCUGGCUUUAAAUUAUGAAGUUGUUAAUCUUAUGUCCGGUUUACGCAUUAUUUUUGUAUACGGUGUGUGUUUUUGGUGACGUUUUUAACGAUAGAAAUAAUGAUUUGUGUUGGGAGGGCUUAGGAAAAUCAGAUGAAGCAAAUAUGUGUCAAAUUAAACCUUUCAGAACAGAUAGUGCCAUCUCAAUUAGAUCGGAACAGCAGAAGGUGAAAGAACUCAGAAACGACAAUUUGACGCGGCACACUAUACAGAACUUUCGACUGCAGUUUCUGGAUAUUCCUACGGGAGACGACUUAAAAAUCCAUGAGUUGCAACUCGAAAAUGAGCUCCUGCUUUUCGAGGCAUUCUCCGGCUUAAUGGGAUAUUUACUUCCAGGCGAAUUUCCUAUAGGUGCCAUCCGCAAUGCUUUCAGGGACACAGAUUCUUCGCAUUUAUGGAUUUUCCAGGUGAUAAAACUAGAAAUUCUCGUCGUCCUAUGGAUAAUUUUCUGGGCAAUACUCUCCCUAUGUCUCCCAGUAGGAGUUAUGGUUUUUUUUUGCUUUCCGACAAACAUGAGACGUCUGAAUGAGGAGCUCUCCAAUGAUUCCCUUGACGGCACGAGGCGGACGACCGAGCAAACUUUGGGACGUUUGUUGCACGUAUUGCUUAUUUUGAUGUUGUUUCCAGUAAUCCUUAUUUUAGCAGGCAACGAAGAAAUCUCCAAAUCAAUAUCGAAGGCUCCCUUGUCGGUAACCACAAUUUACGACGAUAUUACCACGUUCAUAAGAAAUUCAAACAUGCAAAUAUCCUUUAUUACCACAUCUUCGACGGAUAUAGCUCUGGAGGCUAUUAGGAAGGAGUUAGAAGAUGGUGAAACUUUCUUAGGACAACCCUACCAACAACAACUGACAUCUGAAACUGGGUUGGACAUGGCCCUUGCAUCACUUGGAAAUCUUAAAAAUGAAACGUCAAAGGUGUCCUCAAUAGUGUCGGAUUUACUAGGCGAGUGCGAAACGGCCAAAAAAGCUGGAAAAGCUCUGCAGGAUGAAAUUCAGGAAAUGACCCGACAGCUGGUCGCUAUACAGCAGCAAUGCACCGCGAACGACCGACCGCUCUGCUUCACGAUUCAAUUUUCUGGAUUUGACAUAACGCUUCCACUGAAUAACUUAACGACCGAUUCGAAAAUCCAUGAGCUCGAUCGUAUAAAAAAAAACGACACUUUGAACAAGAGCAUUGACGCAGCCCGAAAGAGAUAUUCGAAUAUUCCGGGGCAACUUGUUCAUGAGUCGACAGCGUAUAUUGCAGACAUUAAAUCGCUGCUAAGCCGAAAACGAACCGACGUUUACAAGUCCACACACGAACUGGACGUCCUGGCCAGGACCCUGACAGAGGAAGUAAAUGUCAGCCAAAAAGCAAUUUUCACUAUCCUCGAAAAUGCCGUUAAGUGGGAUUUGUGGCGCUGGCUGGUGAUAUUAGCAAUUGGAGCAUUAGUACUUAUUAUUUGGAGUUUUCUAAUUUGCGGAGCGCCAUGUGGCUGCGAUGUAACUUCAAAAACUAUUCCUCUACUAAUAUUAGGAAUUAGUUUAUCUUGCUUGAUAUCCCCAAUAAUAUGGGCUUUAGGAACUGUAACUCUUUUGUUAGGUGGACAUGGUCGAUCCUUUAUAUGUCAUCCAUUAUACGAUCAUCCCAACUAUGGAAUAUUAGGCGAGUUUUUGGAUAGAGGAGGAAUUUUAUACGAGGAACCUGAAUUCUUCUUCGAUUUUUCCAGUGAAAAUGAUUCAGUUAAAAUAGCCAAUGUCUUAAACGGGUGCCAACGAGAUCAAACAGCUUAUCAAACAUUUCACAUCCAAAAUAAGUUCCCCUUAAACAAGAAACUUAAUUACAAGACGUGGGACGACCUAAACACACUUAUGAAUAACUUUACUAAGGCAAAGUUCGAGGUUGAGAUAUUAAGCACCAGCUUGCAAAUUAAUUUGCAAAAAUUGAGUUUAGCUUCAGCUGCAAAUCUGACCGACUACAGGUUACAAAUAUCAUCGAGUAUAAGCCGAUGGGAUUUGGCAUCUUUUUCAGAUCAACUUAACUCUGUUGGAAGGCAACUGGAGGAUACUGUUAUUAUAAGAAAAAUGGAUAAUCUGGCCUUUUCUAUGCGGAAACUUGUUCAAACUGAAAUGCAGAGAUUAAACGACCUCAGGGGACGGAUUCUAUACAAAAUAACUUCGUUAGAAGUAUUGCUGCCCACGUUGAAUGCGCAAGUCAAUCAAUCACUGUCUCAACUAGAAACUAUACAGAUUUUUUUGGAUAAUCAAGGAUCAGAGAUAUCCCAGAAGGUCAAGAGACAAUUCACAGAUCGAAUUGAAAAUCACUUAGAAGAACUUUAUAGCUACACUACAAAAAAGGUAACUAAGGAGAUCGGAAAAUGUCGACCGAUUUGGGAAAUAUUUCACGCCGGAAGGUUUCACGUCUGCAAAUUGAUUUUUGAUCCCUUGAACGCUAUUGCAUUUGCAAGUUUCUUUUUGAUACUUGUUUUUAUUGCAACAACUCCAAUUGUCGUCAAAUUGAUCGACAUUUACCAAGAAGGUAGUAGAGAAGGUGGAUUUAGUUACUCACAUCGUGAAUCUCGUGCUGGGUUGCUAUCUGAUGACGACCGAAUUUGGACGUCGCCUUCAUCAGGUUCCCUCGAAGAGCGAGAAAUGAUCAAUACCCUACCAACAACAUGGAUCAGUCCUCCACCUAGACCACCUACAGUUGCUUCGCAUGUCCAGCCUACCAGAAAUCCACAACCACCCACUAUUACCUAUACCCGAUCGUCGCCCAGGCCAAGAAGCAAGCUCUCAGGCCUCGCCUCCAGAAUAACCGGCGCCAGAUCCAAGACACCCCAAAGGCGUGAGACUCUUAGAGAAACACUUAGAUUAAUUGAGCCUAUACACUGGAAAUCGGGAUCAACGACGCCUAGGAGCUGGAUAUGAAAUAUUUUUACUAAAUUAGCUCAUAAGAUAUUUUACUUCUCGAUUUAAACCACUUUUUAAUAUUUAAAUAAAAAAUAUACAAACUCAUUACCUACCUACUUAAGUAAUACAUAAUAACAAACUAUGAUACCCACAAACAAUAUUUAUUUUUUCA